UCCCUGUCUACAAGACUGGGUGGCCCACGCCCUCUACGUCACCGACCUGAAGCCUCAAAGUGGAGACGCUCAACUUUGCUGCCUUCACUCAGUCCUGGAGCUCGCUACUGUCCCGUCCCUCCUCCCUCCCCCCCCCUCCACAGCUGCAUACGGAGGCGCGAAGCUGGAAGGCAAACAUGAUCAUAACUCGGCACGGAAUGUUUCGCAAGUUGUAGUCUGCUGACGCACCGGACGGGCAGCCCUUCGCCACAGAUCCGCCUUUAAAAUGGCCCAACAGAACCACAGCUGUCAUUAUAAAGAGUCCAUGUUCUUCUUCUACAACAACAGCGGCGCUGACGAUAAAUGGGACAAAGCGCAACUCAUCCUUGUGCAGGUGGUAGGCUCUCUCUUCUGCUGUUUCAUCCUUUUCUCCAAUGCCAUGGUCAUAGCUGCUGUCAUCACCAAUAAGCGGUUUCACUACCCUUUCUACUAUCUUCUUGCCAACCUCGCCGCCUCGGACUUCCUGGCAGGCAUAGCGUACGUGUACCUCAUGUUUAACACAGGUGAGGUGUCACGGAAACUUACAGUAAAAGAAUACUUCAUCCGUCAAGGUCUCCUGGAUGUUAGUCUCUCAGCCUCGCUGUCUAACCUGCUGGUAAUAGCUCUAGAGCGCUACAUCUCAGUCAUGAACUGGAAAGUCCACAGCAACCUGACGAAGAGGAGGGUGACGCUGCUGAUCGUACUGGUGUGGGCCAUCUCCAUCUUUAUGGGCGCUGUGCCGAGUCUGGGCUGGAACUGCAUCUGCAACCUGAGCGACUGCUCCCAGCUGGCUCCAAUUUUCAGCAGGAGCUAUGUGAUCUUCUGGUCUGCGUCUAACCUGGUGGUGUUCCUGGUGAUGGUGGCCAUCUACAUGAGGAUCUACGCCUACGUCAAGAAGAAGACGUCAAUGCUCAUGCCACACACCAGCGGCUCCAUCAAUCGCAAGAGGACUCCCAUCAAGCUCAUCAAGACGGUCAUGGUUGUACUUGGGGCUUUUGUGAUCUGCUGGACUCCUGGCCUGGUGGUUCUGCUGUUGGACGGUCUCAACUGUACGAGUUGUAACGUCAUGAAAUUAAAACGCUGGCUGCUGCUCCUGGCUGUACUCAACUCCGUCAUGAAUCCCUGCAUCUACUCCUAUAAGGACGAGGAAAUGUGGACAACUAUCAAGAACCUCCUGUGCUGCAUUGGCAACGGCACGCGACGGCAGCGGUCGACAAAGGCCAAUGCCAGGCCGCUCAGCUCUGGUCAGGACAUGGGCAACAGUCAGCCUCCCUCAGAGGAGACAAAAAAUGACGAUCAGAGCAUACUCAAGACCUGAAAAUGGAACUUCUGUCCAGCUCUGACUGGAAGGACCUUGCAAAGAUACAGAUAGAAGUUGACUUGAAAGAGAAAUGGCACCAUCAUCUCAGGGGGGUCGUUGUUGUCCUCAGAUUAAAAGUACUUUCAUGAAGAGACACUGCAGGCCAGCUGCUGCAGAGCUGAGGUUGUGGUGAGAUGGAGAAAAGAGAAUUUGGUGCACUUCUUAUUUUCCAAAUGGAUGCAAAGAUGAGCUUUUUCAGUUUUUCUGUAGGAUUAUACGGUUUUUGGACACGCAACUCCCAUUUGUGUGCUAUGGGAGAUUAAUAUUGCUGUUCUCAACUGUAUUUGACAUCCUCAUCACACUCCCUAUCGGUUAUAUGAUCUUAUACUGCGCUCCAAUGGCUGAAGACAGAAACUAGUAUGAAGUACACUUAUUGGCACAUUUCUACUUUUACCUCCAAAAAGGGUAAAAAAAUAAAAAAUCAUGCGAAAGGUCCCUAACAUAAAUUUGUGUACACCUGAUGGGUAGAUUUACUUUUUCUGUAGCUUAUGAGGAAUCAAUACUGUAGUGGGUGAUCUAGCUAAGAAAUUGUUUAUGGAAAUUGUAGUAUUGUAAGAAAUUGUAAAUGACUUGUUUAGUCAGGUACUAUAAAACUGUACGUUUGCUUGGGUAGGAAACCACUUUAAAGAUUAUUUCUUAUUUUUAAACACACCCAGCAAAAUACUGUUAACUGCUGUACUAUAUUUGUACUUCCUGUUAGAUGCUCUCAAGAAGAGGUGAAGUAAUUUAAACUGUAUGACAGCUAGCGUACUCAGCAUGCCCAGAUUGCUUUGGCCAUUAUUUUCAUUUUAAGUUAGUUCACACCGCAUUUUCUUCUGUAAAGAAUGUUUGCCUGUGUGAAAUAGACUAGAGUCGUUCCUUUCUUGUCACGUCUUUCAUCAUUUAUCAGUUUGUCUAAACAAACAUAUAAACUCCCACCUGCAGCAUGUCAUGGAGGCAAACUUGUUCUGCCUGUAGCAUUUUAACAAAUCUGCUUCAACUCAUUGAAUGACUGCUGUUGCUCUGACGAAACAAAGAGUGCAGUGGUUGAAAAAUGAUGUUGCGACACACUGAAUUCCUGCUGGAGUUCAGUAUACACUGAGUACUGGCUGGAACCGAAGAGGAUCUGACUGAAUAUACUGUAACUAGGGGGUAGUUACUUACACACACACACACACACACACGCGCGCACACACACACCCCUCCCUCCAUUACUAAAUAACUGACAGUGUUCAGAUGACUUUUCUUCACCCAGCUGUCCAGAAUUUAUGCCAGUCUUGCUGUAAAGGACAUGACAUGUCUAAUGCUGUUUAUAUCUUCGGAGUGUAGGAAUGCGAGUGGGGAGUGGAAAAGUUUACAGCUCCAGUGAAGAGUGUUUCAUUAUUGAACUGAGAUUAUUCAUAGUCAUUCCUGUGUAGUGUGACUUUCAAACUAUUGGACUUUUAAAACCAUAAGAAUUAACUCACAUUGUUAAAAUUAACAGCUUUUGGUGUUGCAUGUUUUUUUGUCAAACAUAAUUACAUGUACUCUGUUUUUUUUGUUGUUUUUUUCCUGAUGACAUGAUAUGAUACAGAGACUGCUAGCAGUAGAGGUUAUUUUCACAAAAGCCUUUAUAGCUACAUAUAUCAGGUUGGAUAUGAUUCUCUCAAAGUAGCCUACCAAAAAUGGAUCAAAUAUAUUUAUUUAAAAAAUCUAUAGUACCCAGAAUGUGAUUCCAGCAAUAUCAGGUUUUAAUCUGUCCAAUACUUUGAUUUAUGAUAAGUCAGAAUGUCUCCUGAUUUGAACUAACUGGUACUAGCUUGUAAUGGGGAGUCUAAAUACCCUUGAUGAUAGAUCUUAGCAACCCCCCUGCAAGGAUUAUCUGACACUCUUGAUUACGUGACUUGUAGCCUACUGCAGUCAAUAGUUGAUGAAGUACCACGCUUGAGAUUUCUGCUGCUCAAGAGCUGCCACUUCAGGAUGAUUUCCUCUGUUCAGGCCAAUUAGUGGGUAACCUUUAGUUUCCAUUCAGUCAGUUUCAUUAUUGGCCAAAAAGCUGGAGAAAAACAGCACUGGCUCUUAAGUGGGGGGAACAAGAAACACCUCUGAAUUAGACAGCAAAGCACUUGCAUCAGUAAAAAUGUCCACACAACAGUAUUUUAAUUUUGUACAGCUUUCUGUGAUUAACAGUAACCUGACACUAUUUGAAAUUUCCUGUAAAUGUCACCUAUCUGAAACUCUUCAUCAACAUCUGGAAAAAUGGAAAAAAGUAAAAUGUUGUAGGUUAAAGAAACAGUGAAACUUACAUUAUGUAUUUUAUGAACAGCGGUGGAUUCUUUUACUUAAGUAAAUACCACUAUCUGAAUACUCUACUAUAAGUGGAUGUUCUUCAUUCAAAACCUUACUUAAGUAAAAGUAUGUAAGUAUUAGCUAAAUGUACUUUAAGUAAAGAAAAUGGUCCCUGUUGGUGUUACUAUUAAAUAAUAUUACUGCUUCAUUAAUGUAUAUGUUGCAUUUUACUGCUGUAAAUGUUUAUAGUUGUGCUAAUUUUAACUACUUUUUGUUGUUGGGUAGUAUAAUCUACAGCAAUGUAUCAUCUUCUGUAAAAUCAUCAGCGCUGUCCUGUGAGAACGAUGUAUCUCUAAAAUGUUCUGAAAUGCAGCCUUGUUUUCAGCUCUGUCACGAUGCAUUUUCCAGCUAAUUAAUUUUAAAUAGUUUGUUUAUCUUAAGAAGUAGGAGAAUUUUCAACACAUAAAGACAGACUAAAGUUUGUCAGAAAAAGAAUCAAAUUCAAAAUCACCAAAUUUGGAAAUACAUGGUUUCCACUGGACAGAAAGGAUAACAACUGUAAUCUGAAAAGUAACUGUAGUGGAGUAAAAAGUACAAUAUUUGCCUCUGAAUUGUAGUUGAGUAGAAUUAUAAAGCUGUGUAAAUUGGAAAUACUCUACUCUUUGUAAAGUAAAAGUACCUAGGAUUUGUAUCAGUACUUGAGAUCUGUGCAAAAUAUACUUAGUUACAUUCCACCACUGGUUAUCAACUGCAUAUUGUGUGCAUCUAUUAAUUUGUGUGCUGUUUAAUACUACAUACUGUAGUUCCUCUGUUUUAUCUAAAGAGGCUUUGAAUCUUGUUGAAAUUUGAAAUCUCACCUCUAAUUUACUCUCGUCGACCUGCUUGAAAUACAAGCCCAUUGUUCAUAAUCUUUAACUCUUUGCAACCACAAACCCACAGCAAUUCUUAUUUUCCCCUCAUAUUCUAGUAACCUGCUUUUACAACAUCAUGUCCUCCCCUACACACAAUCAGCCUCAUUAGACAGUAGAAAAAAAAAAAGGUUCAGCACUGUACAUUUUGCUCAUAGAAAACUACUCAGGGUGUAAAUGACAUUCAGUUUUUUGUUUCAGGUUAAGGUUCGACUUGAUUAAAGUCAUGUGGUCUCCAUUAAGAACAUGUUUUAUUGUAGCAAGUGCUGUAUGUCCUCAGUAGACCUGUCGUGACUGCUGCGUGCCACCCUGGUUUUGCAUUCCCAAAAACAUAAACUGUAAACUGUGUGGUGUUGCAGGCCUUUUUCUACAGCUGUGCUGUAAUUAUGCAUUCUUGAAAAGCCAAUAAAAUUUUACAGAUGUUCAAAA